CCAUCUGGGUAGAAAGAGAGAGAGAGAGAGAGGAGAAGGAGACAGAGCAGUCACCUCUUUCUCCCUUCGCUUUUCCAUGGAAUGGCGACGCCGUAAAUUGAAUUGAAGGGAGGAGACUCUCUCUCCUCUUUUCCGUGGAAUGGCGACGCCGUAAAUUCAAUUGAAGACUAGAAAACCCCUCUUCUCUCUCUCUCCCCAAGUGCCAAUCAGUAGAUUCCACUUCACUCAACAGUGGCACAGUUGCGACUCUCUUCCUCUCUCUAAACUUUCCCCUUCCAAAACCAUUACCACCCAUUUGUCUCCUGUCAUUUUUGGGGUUCUCUCUCUCUCUCUCUCUCUGUCUCUGUGCCCAUGUUCUGAGACUGCUUUCUUCCAAAGCAUCACUAGGUAAGAUUUGGUCUAGUGGUUUCUGUCUGUGUCUCUGUGAGUUUGUGCGCGUGCUGUAUCUUGGGUAUUAGCUACAUUGUGCCAAUAAGGCGACAGAAGAAGAAGAAGAAAAUGGCAACAAGGAUCCCGUCGCACCAGUUGAGCAGCGGGCUGUACGUGUCCGGGCUGCCGGACCAGCACAAGGAGCGGCAGCCAGUUAUAGUUUCGAAGGCCGUGCCUUACACAGGUGGCGACGUAAAGAAGUCCGGCGAGCUCGGGAAGAUGUUCGACAUCCACGUUGUGGAACAGCCCACCACUCCCCCAUCGUCCUCGAGGCCUCGCAGUGGUUCCCUGGCCCGAUCUGCGUCUAACUCUGGUCCCCAGCAGCUCCCUGCGCCCACCUCCGGCUCCGGCCCUCAGUCCUCCCGUAAAUCCUCCGGCCCUCUCUCGAGCGCCGGCAACCCGGCUGCGUCACGGUCGGGCUCCGGGUCCCUGACACUCCAGCCGACCGGCCUCAUCACCUCCGGCCCGGUCUCCUCCGGCCGCCGGCCGUCCGCCUCGUCGUCUGGCCCAGCAGACUCCUCCUCUGCCGCUGCACAGCCGCCGGCCGGCAAGGUCGUCUAUGGUGCCUCUGUCACGAACCUGAGCAACAGCGACGCCGCGAGGGUUCGGUUCAGCAUCUCCAAGUCCAUCGUCUGGGUGUCGGUGGUGGUGUUCAUGAUGGCGCUGAUCGUUGGGAUCUUCAUGCUUGUGACGGUGAAGAAGGCGGUCAUCCUGUUCGUCAUUGCUGGAGUCGCAACGCCCGUGGUGGUGCUGCUCGCCUGGAACUUGGCCUGGGGAAAGCGAGGGCUUCUUAGGUUCUUGGCCAAUUACCCUGAUGCGGAGCUCAGAGCGGCCAAGGAUGGGCAAUACGUGAAAGUCACAGGGGUUGUCACUUGCGGCAGUAUUCCACUUGAAUCCUCAUACCAGAGGAUUCCAAGGUGCAUCUAUGUAUCCACAGGACUGUAUGAGUACCGAGGAUGGGGUGCAAAGCCUGCAAAUUCUAAUCAUCGUUGCUUUACAUGGGGUUUGAGGCAUUUAGAGAGGUAUGUGGCCGAUUUCUACAUAUCGGAUUUCCAGUCUGGACUGAGAGCGCUGGUAAAAGCUGGUUACGGCGCAAAAGUUUCUUCAUUUGUUAAACCUGUGACUGUUGUGGAUAUCACAAAGGAAAAUAAAGAAUUAUCUCCUAGUUUCCUGCGCUGGCUUGCAGAUAGGAAACUUUCAGCUGAUGACCGAAUCAUGCGGCUGGAAGAGGGGUAUAUCAAAGAAGGAAGCACUGUAAGCGUAAUGGGAAUUGUUCGUCGUCAUGACAAUGUGCUAAUGAUUGUUCCAUCUACAGAGCCAGUCUCCACAGGUUGUCGGUGGAAGAGCUGUCUUCUUCCCACCACUGUUCAUGGGCUCAUCCUAACAUGUGAUGAGAACUUGAGUACAGAAGUCAUAGCCGUGUAAAUAUUUCUGUGUGAAGGCAUGGCCGCUGCUUCAUGUCCAUCUCGUUGUUCAAGUAAUCUGAGGUGGAAAACACAUGUAGCAUAGUAUUGUUUAUGUAUAAAUCUGUACCCAAAAAGCUGGAUGAGCUCUGCGUAGUUUGUCACUGUAAUUUCUUGCUUCCCUGUCUAAUUGUAUUUAAGAGUUGCUGUAUCAAGGGAUCGUGAUGCGUUUCUGAUGUGGGUUAGUCAAUUGCUCUUGCAACUUUUGCUCU